UUUUUUUUUUGUUUCUUAAAUCGAUUUGAUCUCAUGUCACAUUCAACACAGACAACUCAUAAGGACAUUGUGAAAAUCACGGCUGAUACUAUCAGCUUGGAUGAAAUUGCACAGUCUGUUCAUGAUCCAAAAGCAGGUGCUAUCUCGACCUUCUCUGGCACUACACGCGACAACUUUGAAGAUAGAGAAGUAAAAACUCUUUCAUAUGAAGCUUAUAUCCCCAUGGCAGAGAAAGCAAUGCAGUCAUUGAUCACAACGGCGCGUUCAAAGUGGGAUGAUUUGAUCCAUGUGGCGAUUGUACACAAGAUUGGAGAUUGUCCUGUAGGCGAAACCAGUGUGGUGAUUGCAGUCUCUUCAGGUCAUCGGAAACAAGGCCUUGAGGCUGUCCAUUGGUUGAUCGAUGAAUUGAAAGUUCAAGUUCCAAUCUGGAAGAAGGAAGUUUAUGUCGGUCAUGAUGCUCAGACCGGUGCAGAGAUUGACGGAGGUGCAGUCUGGAAAGCGAACGACACCAUGAUCUAAUAGACAUUAG